AUGUUGUCGAAGUCUCCACACCUUCACAAUGAAAAGGCGGACACCGCGCAGCGAAAGAGGAAGAGGGACAAUCUGACCCAAGAGGUAAAGGAGGUGAUGAUGGCGUGGAUCAAUGAGCACAUCGCCAAUCCGUAUCCGACCAAGGAGGAGAAAGAGGAGCUCUCCCUGCGCACCGGCCUCACCACCACCCAGAUCUCCAACUGGUUCACCAACGCCCGACGACGCUAUCUCAAAAUCAACGAGCCAGAGAAACAGCAGGACUUCCACCUCUCUUACCCGCUGUAA